UUUCUUUUGGAUUUGUGUGCUUGUUUGUGUUUUAGCGACUACUCUGCCUGAGAGUUGCCAGCCAGCCGAAUGCUGCUGCUCUUUUUCACUUUGGGUUUUGUGUUGUUGCUACUAUUUUUUUUGCGUUUUGUUUUUGCCGAUGUUUGUUGCUGCUGCUGCUGUCUGACUGCCGCCUCAUAAUAAUUGAAACCAGUGCAAAUCGAGACGUUAAACAGGCGGUGUUGGUCGCUGGUCUCUUCGUGUCGUCGUGUAGUGUUAUGUUUUGUGUUUUCAUUGCCGUUAAGAAAUAAAAACCCAAUAAAAAAGAAAAGUUUUUAAGCAAAAACAACUUAUAAAAUAAAAAGAUAUCAAAAAAGGAAUACAUAAAAUAUAGAAAAGGAAAAUAAAAGAGGAAUGCGAAAAAAAAAUUAAAACGGCGUAAAGAGAAAUUCCAAAUAAAUUGAAAAAUUUGUUGUUUAAUUACAAAAAGAAAUAAAAGAAUUGUGUUACGUGCUUUGCAUACACAUGAACAACGAACUCUCACAGAAACUAGAAUGUGCUGCGUGCCGCUAUACCGUUAUGGAGUGAACCCAGCAACAAACAAAAAAUAAAAACAUAACCUAUGAUUGGUGCACAAGUCCAAAGGGACAACUUUUUGGAUUUUCAUAAUAAUAAUACUACAACUAAUGCUAUUACUACUACACAACAGCAGCAGUAACAACAACAACAACAACUGCGAUAACAAAAAAUAAUAACAACAUCAAUGUCAGCAAAUGGAUGGAUGGAUGGAUAUAUGCACGCCAUACACAAAAGAGAAAAGGCAAAAACAAACAAAAAUAAAGUAAAUUCGUUUUAAGUAAAUAAUAACGGUGAAAUUCAACAAAGCCCAAACCAAUAAAAAAGGGCAGAAAAAAAAAUAAAAUAACAAAACUUGAUGAUAAUAGAAAAUAAAGUGCAAUUUUCGUAUAUGCCGGAGCGAGAGAGAGAGAGAAAAGAGCGAAAGAGUUUAUAUUUAUUGGAAAAUAUUAAAGCAAAAACCAAACAAAAGUCUUUAGGAGAAAAUGUAACUAUUUAUUUUUUUUUAUAUAUAUACUCACCUAAAGGAGUAAAGCAUUAUUAACUCUCAACUAUUUGUUGCAAUUUCAUGAGAGCAAAAGAGAAGACUCCUACCAGCGCCCUAAACCAGGAAGCAAAGAUCAACAACAUUAACAACAAUUUAUGUGCCAUAACUAAAGAAAAAAAUUAAUCUUAAAUGAAAUUAUCCAAUUUAGAUAUAGAUUUAAUAAUAAAAAUCAAAACAAAAAACAAAAAUUAUUUAAAAUAUAUUCCUAAUAAAUAAAAGCUUUAAAAAACACACACACAUACAUAUAUAUAUAAAACAAAAAAAAACGAUUAAGUGACGAAACAAACAUCUAUUUUUAAUAUUAAAUAAUAAGCAGCAACAACAACAAAGAACAAGGACAUUAUCUAAUACUCUUUAAUAAACCACAACAGUCUUUCUCCAACAACCCAAAACAAACCAAGCAUAAGCUCUUCCCCCCCCCACCCCCAACAACAAAAACAAAUCCUUAUUAAGACGACGGUGUUAAAAAACAAUAACACCAAUAACAAAAAACAAGGAAGAAAGCCAACAACAACAAAUAAAUGGGCAAAAAGUCCUACUCUUAACCUUAAAGCAAAAAAGGGAAAAAAACAAGGCGAGAAAAAACCUGCAGCAGCGUACACAACUACAACAACACAUCACACAAGUGAAGAGCCAACGAGCAAAAAAAACAAGAAAACAUACAAAUUUGACAAAGUGUAAACAUUGUAUUCAUAACAGUAUUAUUAACACGUAACCCACGUCACAUCGUCGUCAUCACCAUCAUCAUAAGCAGCGACAUCAGCGGCAGCAGUUUCAACGUCGUCGUGGUAGUCCUACCCAUCGUCAUCACCGCAAAUUAAACACACACACGUAGACGUCUGUCUCUACCAACAACGACUGAUAUAUAUCCCCAGGAAUAACAACAAGCCCAAGCAGCUGUUGAGUGUACAAAUCUUCUAUCAUUCGGCAAGGCAAAAGAAAAAACAAAAACGAGAGUGUUUUACUACCAACACCCAACUGCAUCAUCAUUGCCAUAAUCAUCAUAGACCAACAACGACGCCGACACAAGGGCUAUCAACAAACGCACACACAACAAAAGAACAACAUUGAGGGAGAGCACAAAAAUCCAGCAAUAACUUUACAACCUCAAAUAGCAGCACAUUACAUUGUAACAGCAGUCGCAACAGCGGCAGUAGCAGAGAUCCAGACCCCCCACAUUCAUUUGGGGAUUUCGGAGAGAGAAAGACAUAAAGUAAGAGAGAGAGAGGGAGAGUAAGAUAAAAAGCCAGAGAGACUAAAACCUAGAGAAAGUGUUUGCCGUGUUGUGAGUACGUGUGUUUACCAAACUGUCUGGCUGUCUGGCAUAUUUGAAUCGGUUGACUGCUUGUGAGUAACAAGGUUCGGUUGCCUUGUAAACAGACAACAGCAAAAACGACAACAACAACAACAACUCCAGCUCAUACUUAACAUAUGCAACGAAAACCAGCCAAGUGCUAGCAGUAGCCAGCCCCCUGUGUUAAGUGUUUGAUUUUUUGUUGUUUUUUUGUUUUCAUGUGUGUGACGUAGACCCAGCAACGCAUUGUCAUUUGCAAAAGCGCGCCUGUGUUUAUUUGUAAGUGCGAAGCUCCCCCAGUCUGAGGUUUCUUGGCUGGGGUAUUUUGGUUAUAUGCCCCCACCUAAACAAUCAUCUACACACACACACACAUACACCUAGGCAACCAUUUUCAAGAAGCCAGCAGUUGAAAACUUGUAGCCAGUCUUCAUCUUCGUUUGGGUAACUUGAACAUACUUGUGGAUUUGUGUUGUCUGCUUCUUCUUCUUCAUCUUCCAUUGUUGUGCUGUGCUUGUUCUUUAGCUCCAACCACGUGCUGGUGUGUAUGUGUGCUGGUGCUAUGAUUUGAACGAGACAUCAACACUCAACGAGACGUAAGCAAAAAAAAAAAACAGCAACGGAAGAGAAAAAACCAAAAGACAGAAGAAAAUCUGCCAACAACAAAAUCCACUCACUAACCCAUAUACAAGUAGAGACUAGAACAACAGACUGUCAGCAUAGUAGUAGCAGCAGAGGCAAAAGCAACAUCAUCAAAAAAAAAAAAAAAAAAGACGAGGCUAGCCAGCAAGUUGUGGCCCAAACACAAGAGCUGUGAGUGGAGCAAAGCGAUCAAAACAAAACAAAAAAAAAACUAAACACGCGGCGGCGGUGUUUUCCCAAACAUUUUGUGGCCCACAAAAAGCCAAGAGGCAAAAAAAGAAACAAUAACAAAAACACCAACUUGUGUGUGUCCCCCCAGCAGCAGUCAACAGAGUGUGCAGUGUAAACAGAAACACAGAUAACACACAGUAAGCGCCACCACCUGUAAGCCAACAACUUGUGCCCAAGCGACAACAACAAGAACAACAACAAACACAAUAAUAACGUGUUAAACGUUUCCUUCCUACAACAAACAACUCAAUCAUCGCCGCAGACAAAAUGUCUUGUAUCUCGAGUAAUUUUAGUUCAUUUUUUCUCAAUUCUCUCAAUGAUCCAUCGGAAUUUUCAAAAUACCUAAGCAAUGGUGAACUGAGAUUUUCCUCAUUUGAGGAUUUUCAGGUGUACAACAAUAGUGCCACAACACCGCAACAAUAUCAGCAACAGCCUCACUAUCAUAUGAAUGGCACAAUGGCUGGUGCGGAUCCCCUCAAUCAGGGUGGCGAUGAGGGUAAUUCGAAUUUGGAAAAUACUCAACCCUCGGGUCAGCAACAUGGCCAUGGACACCAACAAACACAUGUGCAACAGCACCAUCCACAACAUGGCCACUAUGGCAGUUUUCAUCAGCAGAAUCAUGCAGGUGGUCAACAUCCUUUGAUGCAUUUGCAGCAGCAUCAACAAAGAUGGGCACCUGGUGGAAGUGGUGGUGUUGGUGUUGGUGUUGCCUCAAAUCAUCCCCAACAGCAUAUGCCUACGCAUGGUCAUGGCUUACCUCCGCCUGCACCCCAGGGGGCUGCGGCAGGCGUAAGUAAUGGCCCCACGCCCGGUGGUGCUCCACCACAACAUUUUGAUGGCUCUUUUGAGUUUAUGAAAUAUUUAAGACACUCCAAUGACUACAAUGAGAAUCCCCAUGACGCUGGUGGCCAAGGACGUCAGCAUCCGCACGCUCAUCAUGCCCAUCCACAUCAUACGAAUGCUUCCGCUAGUGGGCCCACGGCCAUAGGCACCAAACCCGAAUCUUCCUUGAAUGCCAACAAUGCCAGUCUCAUAGACUUGGAUACCACACCACACAAAGUUUCACGUUCCUCACGCAAAACUCCCGCCGGUGCUGCCAAUCAUCAUGCCAACAGCAAUUCGAACAGCAGCCACAAUCAUCAUCCACCCACCCCCAUGGCCGUUGAUGUUUACGAUCAUGAUUCCAAGCAUAUGCUUUACGAUUUGCAUCACAUGAAUUCCGUGCACAGUUCCAAUUCCAAUGAAUCCUCCAUGGAGUUAUCCUCGCUAACCUAUCCAAAUUCCCAUUUGAAUGCCUCCAAUUCGAAUACCUCAUCGGAGGGUGGCAACAAUCAAGGUCACAGUGACUUUUCGAUGUUGGGUGUGGCUGGCGGUGGAGCCUCAGCGUCGUCCUCAACAUCGUCAUCGGCCACAGCCAAUGGUGGUGGUGGUGGUGGCGGCGGUGGAGCCAGUGGUAAUUCGGAUGCGGCAGCUAAUGCAUCACCAGCAGCACCCAAAGUCUUGGCCAAUUUCACCAUAACGGAAAAUUUCGAAGCUCAUCCCUCGCACAAAGUGGAGGAGGGCAUUUUCCAGCACAUGAACAAGCUUCCUACCAAAAAGAAGGACAAUCUCAAAUCGCUGGGUGUACGCUUCACCGGUCAAAUGACACUCAACGAUAAGUCGAUAAUUGUGGAGAACUUUAUAAGAUUCUGUCAAGAAUAUGAUAUACAAGAUCAUCGACCGUUUCUAUCACUCAAUCAAAGUGGCCUAAAUAAACCUGAUCAAAUAAAAUUUGCCCGUUAUCUUGGACAAGGUUUACCAACAUUUACAUUGUUUUGCAUUUAUAGUAAUUUUAAAAAUUUAUUUUGCACAAAACGUACCGAAAUUUACAUAAAGGAUGGCUAUAAUUUGCCUUAUAUUUUAGAGAAAACAAAGAGCUUCCUUGCAAACACCGCAGCUGGUAAUAAUAACAGUAAUGCCCCUACCACGACCACCAACACCACCACCACCACCACCACUACUACCAAUACAUCAUCCUCUACUACCACGUCCACCUCGACAACAGUAGCGGUUAGUUCCAGUAGUACUAAUGACUCGGCGGUUAGUACCAAUAGUAACGCUGCCACCACCACCUCCACCACUACCAAUGCUCCCAUCACAAGCACAUCCGAGUCCUCGAACAACAGCACAUCCUCAUCCAAUAGCAAUGCCAAGGCGAUAUCCGAUACUGUGGCCGCCUCAGCAGCAGCUAACGGAGCCUUGUUGGAGCCCUCAGCGGUUGGCAAUGUUUCAAUUGUAACCAACGGCAACACGACUGCUGGACAACAUGCUAAUGGAAAUCUAAAUGGCAGUGCUGCAGCGAUUACUAAUGAAGUACUGCAAACGCCCACCAAGCCAAGGCCGCAGGCUAAUAUGAUGCCAUCCACACCGCUGACAUCCCAAGUGCAACAUCAGGCAGCUGUAGGACAAACGGUUGGUACUCCCCUGCCGCCAGGACAUCCUGCGCAACAGCAACAUUUUGUCAAUCCGCAGCAUCAUGGUGCAGCAACUUCAAGACCUCAAACACCCACCACCCCCCAUUUGCAGCAGCACAACAACUCCUCGCUGGUACAGCAGCAGCAACAACAGCUGCAACUUCACACGCCAACAACUCAUUUACAUCAUGUAGUGCAACGGCCUGCUGCUGCCUCAAUGCCCAUGAGCCCCAUGGUAGUGGUGAGCACGGCCAAUGUUAUGCCUACAACAAUAAUGGGUUCACCUUUACCGCCUAAUGGUCAACUACAGCAUCCGCAGCAGCAGCAGUCGCAUGUGGGCCAGGCCCAAGUAACAGCUAAUCAUGUACAUGCCCAGCAUCAUCCCCAACUUCAUCACCAUCCCAUACAGCACACUUAUCAUCCACAACAUCCGCCACAACAUCACAUGCAGCCACAACCAAAUCAUUUGCCUCAUCCUCAUCCAUCACAAAUGCCCCCCAUACUACCGCAUCAUCACCUACAGCAUCAUGCUGCCGCCCCCCAUAGCCAUAAUGGUGGUGGUGCUGCUGGCACCCCUUAUACGCACCACCAGCAGCCGCCGCCUCAACAGCACCCCCAACAAAUCCAGAAGCCUUCUCAAAUGCAUGUCCAGCAACAACAACCACAUCCUAUGCAUCAUAUUGCUGCUCCAAAUCCUCCCCAUUAAAAUUGAAUACAAACACACCACCCCUCCCUGCAAUCCCAAACCCAACACUACAACAAACCCCUUGUGCGUAAUUUUUGCUUAGAUUCCAAAAAUUCAAAUGUAACGGCUUUUUAAAAAUAAUUUUUUCCGCUUUUGGGUUUGGGGUUUCGGUUGUUUUGGGGACUACAACUUCCCUCUAUAUAUUUUGUUGUUGUUGUUUUGCUUUAAAUUUGUUGCUUCUUAUUUUAAGGCAGAGGAUCAAAAACAAAACAAAAAAGUGAAGUUUAAAUGCUAUUUGAUUUAAGUAUUUGUUAGGCUAUUAUUUAGUAUUACCACCAUUGUAUCGUAAAUUACCAGCACUAUCAUUAAAAACCCCUUACAUAUCCCUCACUCUCUCUCUCUCCCUCUCCCCCAACCUACUACAUGUGUAUUUAGUUGUAUUUAAAAUUUAUAUAUUUUUUUUAAACAUUUAUUUUAUUUUAUGUUUACUAAUUUUGUAUACUCGCAUUUUCUUAUGUUUUUUUUUUUAGAUUUGUUUAGAGAAUAAUUAUUGUAAUUUUUGAUAAAAUUGACUCGACGAUGGAUGAUGUGGGGGGUAUGGGCGACUAUACGCUGCCCCCGUCGUCAACAUUGUGUCAUCAGGCAGGCAGAACGACUAAUACAUAGAAAAAAAAAAUAAAAUUUGAUAUCCAUCACGAAAUUAUA